CGGGAGCAGAGCGGAAUGACACCGAGAGGCGCGCGUGUCCUGCUGCCGCUGCUGCUGGCGCUCUUUGCCAGCGGAACCGGCGCCGGAGGAAAACUGGACGAAGACCGGGACAAGAGAAGCGACGCGGAGAGCCCUUGUGAGGUAAAGACCGUGACCGUGUCCACGCUGCCCGUGCUCCGGGAGAAUGAGUUCAGCUUCACGGGCGCAGGAUCCGGGAGUCUCGCUGGAGGAGGAGAGUCCAGACUUCUGCUGUUCGUCAGGACUGACCUGCCGGGGCGCAUCGCGGUUAUGGAUGAUCUGGACAACACGGCGCUGCCGUUCUUCACCCUAGAGAUGUCUGGGACAGCAGCAGACAUCUCACAGGUGCACUGGAAGCAGCAGUGGCUGGAGAACGGGACGCUGUACUUCCACGUAUCCAUGAGCAGCUCAGAGCAGCUCUCACAGGUCACACAACCCACAAUACGAGAACCGCCACGCGUCCUGCAUGAACACAUGCAUCUGCUGCACAUCUCUGUCAUGGGUGGUCUGAUCGCUCUUCUUCUUCUAAUCUUGCUCUUCACGCUGGUACUCUACACCCGUCAGCGUUGGUGCAGGCGUCGCCGUGCCCCUCAGAAGAGUGCAAGUACUGAGGCCACACAUGAGAUCCACUACAUCCCCUCCAUUCUCCUGGGCCCUGCACAGAGUAGGGACAGUUUCCGGAGCUCCAGACCCCUCCAGCACAGCUCCGUUAUUGGCAUGCCCAUCCGGGAGACACCCAUCCUCGAUGACUGCGAUUGUGAAGAUGACGAGCAGCCCGGACAGCUGCUUGAUGGGAAAGUACAUCUGGAUGACGACUUGUGCAGCCAGGGCACUCACAGCAUGGACAGCCUUGGGAAGGGUAUAGGAGAGGCUAAUCACAAGCAGAGCAUGGAUAAUAUAGUGUUAAACCCAGAUCAGGAGAGCGUCGAGGCCCUGAUGCAGCGGUUUAAAGAGAGUUUCCGCACCACUAACACCAGUAUGGAGAUAACACACUUCCAGAAUGUUACACACGGCUCCUCCGGCCGGAAGAGAGGGCAAGCUCACAACAGAGUUGGAGGCGUGUUUGGUCGUCAGGGAGAUUCUGGUUCAAAAAUGGAUGAUGACACUCAGCUGAAGUUUUACACAGAGCACAGGGGCCGUCGCCGUAGCAAAGGCUGUCCACAGAGUCCGAUGAGCAAGGCCACGUUAACACUCAUCACCGUCUGCACUUGUGUGGUGGCGGUCGUGUACGGCACACAGACUUCCUGUCCUCUCAGCGUUAAGCUCACGCUACAUGUUCCUGAACAUUUCAUUGCUGACGGCAGCAGUUUUGUGGUGAGCAUGGGUAGUUACCUGGACGUCUCUAACUGGUUGAAUCCAGCUAAACUGAUGCUGUACUACCAGACCAACACCUCCACACAGUGGGUGAGAGAUUACUGUGGACAGAGAACCACUGAACCCUGUGAACAUCUGUGUAACCAGGAGACCGGUGAAUGCAGCUGCCUGGAGGGUUACGCUCCUGACCCCGAGCAUCAACAUCUCUGCAUUCGCACCGAUUGGGGCCGUAAUGAGGGUCCAUGGCCGUACUCGAACCUGGAGCGAGGUUACAACCUUGUCACAGGAGAACAGGCUCCUGAGAAGAUUUUCAGGUCGUCCUACAGUCUUGGUCAAGGCCUUUGGCUGCCAGUCAGUAAGAGCUUCGUGGUUCCUCCGGUGGAGCUGUCAAUCAACCCAAUUGCCAGCUGUAAGACAGACGUGCUGGUUACAGAAGACCCAGGAGAAGUGCGGGAAGAAUCCAUCAUGUCCACAUACUUUGAGACAGUAGAUGAUCUGCUUGCAUCGUUUGGUCCAGUGAGGGACUGCUCCAAAGACAACGGAGGAUGCCGCAAGAACUUCAAAUGUGUUUCUGAUAGACGCAUGGACUCAACAGGCUGUAUGUGUCCAGAAGGCUUGCGGCCGAUGAAGGAUGGUUCAGGUUGCUAUGACUACUCUCUUGGCACGGACUGUACUGAUGGAUUUAACGGUGGCUGUGAGCAGUUGUGUCUUCAACAGCUGGUUCCUCUACCUGACGAUCCCACCUCCAGCAAUGUGCUCAUGUUCUGCGGGUGCGUGCAGGAAUACAAGCUGGCUGCUGAUGGGCGCAGAUGUCUUCUCACUGAUCACUGUGAAGGGUCCAAGUGCCCGAGACAAGAUGCCCGCUUCAACGACACACUCUUCAGAGAGAUGCUGCACGGAUACAAUAAUAAAAGCCAGCAGGUUAACCUGAGACAAGUCUUUCAGAUGACAUUUAGGGAUAAUAACUUCAUCAAGGAUUGUCCGCAGCUGGCUGAUGGUCUGAUGGUGAUCCCUCUGCCUGUGGAGGAGCAGUGUCGAGGAGUUCUAUCAGAACCUCUGCCAAACCUACAACUGCUCUCAGGGGAUGCCCAGUUCAGUGAAGCCACAGGAUAUCCCAUGAUGCAACAGUGGCGAGUGCGGAGUAACCUGUAUAAGGUGAAACUCAGUGCCAUCACACUGUCCACAGAUUUCUCAAAGGUCCUGAAAUCUCUGACGGCAGAAAGCACCAGGGACGAGCUGUUGACGUUUAUUCAACAGUACGGCAGUCAUUACAUCUCUGAGGCGCUGUACGGCUCAGAACUCACUUGCAUCAUCUAUUUCCCCAGCAAGAAGAGUCAACAGCAGCUCUGGCUGCAGUACCAGAAAGAGGUCACAGAUCAGGGUGGCAGAUGGGACCUGAAAGCCGUGCCCUUCAUCAGCUACCUGUCAGGUCUGUUGAAGACACAACUGCUGACCGAUGACCUUGUGGCCGGUGUGGAUAUCCGUUGCCAGGAGAAGGGCAGCUGUCCGGCCACCUGUCACCUGUGCAGGCAAGCCGGCCGUGAGGUGCCCAGCCCGAUGCCCGUCCUCCUGGAGGUCAGCCGUGUUGUGCCCCUCUACAGCCUGGUGCAGGAUAACAACACUAAAGAGGCCUUCAAAAGUGCCACUAUGAGCUCAUACUGGUGUGCGGGGAAAGGUGAUGUCAUUGAGAACUGGUGCCGUUGUGACCUGACGGCUCUUGGCAAGGAUGGUCUGCCCAACUGCAGCCCCCUACGACGGCCCAUUUUGAGACUAGCUCCCCACCUGGAACCGUCCAGCACAUUAGUGGCACUGGACUGGACUGACGUGGAACCCCUGAUUGGCUACAAGGUUUCAGAUUACAUCAUUCAGCAUAAGCGUGUGGAGGACCCUUCAGAAGCAGAAAUCUACACAGGAGAGGUUCUGAGUCUCAUGGAUGAUCUUUUCUCAGACCUGAGCUCCUCAUGUGUGGUAGCAGGACGGAGAGGUGGAGAGCAUCCUCAUACUAUGGUCUACUCACUCAUUUUCAAGUGCCUGGAGCCUGACAGCCUUUAUAAGUUCACUCUAUAUGCUGUGGAUAACCGUGGUAGCCGGUCAGAUGCAAGCUUUGUGACCGUCCGCACGUCCUGUCCGAUGGUGGAUGACAGCAAAGCAGAAGAGAUUGCAGACAAAGUUUACAAUCUAUACAAUGGCUACACUAGUGGAAAGGAGCAACAGAUGGCCUACAACACCUUGAUGGAGAUUUCUCCACCACUUUUGUAUCGGGCACAACAUCACUACAAUUCCCACUACGAGAAGUUUGGAGAUUUUGUGUGGAGGAGUGAAGACGAAUUGGGGCCCAGGAAAGCCCAUUUAAUCUUGAGACGAAUGGAUCGAAUCAGCCUGUUCUGCCGCUCGCUGCUCCGCAGUGGAUUCAUCCAAAGCCGGACCGAGAGCGUGCCAUACAUGCUGUGUCGUAGUGAGGACACGAGGCCCAGUGGCACUCUAUGGCAAAGUUCACUCCAUGAGAGCCGGCUAGCCUGCCUGGAGAAACUCAUAUCAGUGCAACGCAACAUUUACGGGAAGUCUAAACUACAAUGAGAUGCUGCCUUUGGAACAUUCAAAUGUCACCUUUUUCUUUAUGGUCUCUGGCUUGGCUGUUCUUUUUCUAAAUCCAAAAAAAAGACUUUGAUACUGCAAGAACAGGUCAUUUUUUGACUAUUUCAAUACAGUUGGGACCGAGGUGAGUCAAACCUUGAAGAGGAAAGCUUGAUUGUUUUUUUUGGUUUUUUUCCCUCUCUUGUAAGGAUGUAGGUUUUGAGCGAUAGGGAGGAACACUGUACUACUGAAGGAGGAUUUAAGACUAAAUAUAAGAAUUUAACUGCAUGAUGCUGCAGAAAUCAAAACAAGGAAUUUAUUGGAUCUCCUUGAUACUCACUUUCAAACAUUGGAAUACCUAGCCAAGCAAAAUAUGGGGACCUGAUAGCUAUGUGGUUGUCCUUGUUUUAUAGUCAUCCCUUUUUGACAUCAAUUCUAUUCAUCUUUUAACUUUUUUGGCAUUUUAUUAUUUGCCUCAAUUAAUUGAGAUAAAAUACUUUUAUCAGGCUCACAGGAAAUGCUUUUUGAGAAAAAAUAUAAUCUUUAGCCAGAAGAAUGUUCUUUAACAGUGUCCAAAGAAGUGAGGCAUUGCUAGCCAAUGAGACCAGUAGAUUCCAUUAAAGCGAAUCAUUUAAUGUAUUUGGCAAAGGUUUUUGGUAUAAGACUUCAUUGUUCAUAAGUUUUCUGUGUUUGAUCAUGUCAGAAGAAUGUGUAUUGCUUCCCAAUAAUUGACCAAAUUGUAAGAAUUUAUCCUUAUAAUUUAACUCAUCAUUUUCAGUAAUUUGCUAGAGUACUGUAUAUACCACACUAUAUUCAUUGUGAUAAUUAAUUAUAAUAUUGUACAUUAAAUUGUAAAUGC